GUAAAUUGCUUGGUUUCCAAAUUGAUUGAAGUAUUUGCCUUACAUUAGAAAUUUGUUGUUUUAGCUAAAUUUUACACGAUGAAAGUUUUAUUCGUCUGCUUGGGUAACACUUGUCGCUCACCUAUGGCGGAGGCUGUCCUAAAAGAUUUGAUCAACAAAAAGCAGCUGGUGAAUUGGCACACGGACAGCGCUGGAUUACGAGAUUGGAAUGUGGGCAUGCAGGCGCAGGGGCGUGCACAAAUAUUGCUGCAUCAACAUGGCCUAAAGACGGACCAUAUUACACGCGCAAUAACCGUAGAGGAUUUUUAUAAUUUUGAUAUUAUUUUCGGCAUGGAUGAUAACAAUAUGACGGAGCUGCAACUGAUUGCCGAGCAGCUGGAGCCGCCGGCAAAGUGCCAAAUAAAACUCCUGGGCAGCUAUCUGAAUUCCGAGCAAGAUCAGAUUAUUAGAGAUCCAUAUUUUACCCAUGGCAUGGCCAGCUUUAAUACGGCGUACAAGCAAAUCAAGGAGAGCUGUGAGCGCUUCGUAGAGCUACAUAGGGAUGCGGCUUGAAUGCUUAUGACUGGGAUGAAUAAAUACUAUUUGAU